AUGUCGAUCGAAGAACCAUACACCAUUGCUACUCUACCAAGACCGCUGGAUCAGGAGCAUGGCCGUAUCCAUCCAGCGACGGUGUCCAGCUUGAGUGGCUCACGGAAGAGAAAACGACAUGAAAUCGCCGUCGGCGUGGACGGCGAGGGCGUGAAUAUCUAUAAUGUCCAAACACAGAGCAUCGUGAGCUCCUAUGCGCUUCCUCCCCAGUCCUACUUGGCUGCACCUCCAUGUUCGAUAUACUGCAAACGGGCAAAGCCUCUGCAAUCGCAGCGGCAUACAUAUCUCGCUAUUCACACUCGAUCCAACGACUCUCGGUCGAGACUUGUGGGCAUUACAGAGGAUCUAGGUAGACCGCUGAUGGACUCACACGAACCACGAGCGCCGACCAAAAGAGAACGAAAGCUCCGCGACGGAAAGGUUGCAGGGUUGGACGUCGUCCCUGUGUCCGAUGCCAAGGGUGGUAUCGCCCCGGUGCUGAUAUCCUAUGAGAAUGGCAAUGUGGAUUGCAUCUCUGGAGAUUUGUCAGGGACGCGAUGGGAGCACUCAUCGACAGAUGGAGGCUUGGUUGAGUAUGCAGCAGUGGUGGAUCUGGAUACUGCACGAAGAGGCCUGCUCAAGAAUCGCGAAGACGUGCUUGCGCUUCUGGGUCCUCAUGUGUCCGACAGCGCAAAUGGGAAUGCUCCUUUGCUGUGCCAGGUCAUUCGCAUUCCGCAGCAGGCGUCUUCACAACUGAGGGUAUAUGCCCUGCGAGACGUCGGCACAACCACUUUACAAGGACAGCGAUCGAAACUCGAUCUUGUCUUAAGCUACGAUGUGCCCGCGAAACACGGCGAUGGAAGGUCGGUCUACGAACUGCAUGCAAGCUCUGGUAUGCUCUACCAGUGUGUGGGCCAACGUGUGGCCAUCUUCGAUGUAUCCGGCACCACGCCGCGACUGUCAUUCGAGAGUGGCAGAAAGUCUGGGCAGGUGCAAAGCUUCUCUCGUCUCUCUGCCGGUGCCGUUAUCGUGGUAUCGCAAGGUCGACUAGCAGUCUACGAUACCAAGUUUGGCUCGAUCCUAGGCGCGCUGACUCUGCCUCACGAUCAGACGACAGCUCAGAAUCAGCCAACGCCCGCGCUACUCAAUCACUUCACGGAUCUGGGUAUUCUCGUUGCUCUGGACGGCAUGAAGCUGAUUGCAUUCCAGCUCGGCGAAGCCAUCGAAGAUGUGAAACGGUCAAGAGCGCAAGGUGCGUUGCUGUCUGAUGUGAUUGGUAAGGGAAAGUUCACCAACGAGGCUCAACACCUUGAUAUCUACAGCCGAAGGGACAAAAAGCAGAAGAAGUGGGAAGAGUGGAAAGCCAAAGUCGACACAAUCGCGCAACAACAUGACACUCGUGCCCUAGAACGACGAGUCGCCCAGGACAUCCAUGUCGCGAACGAUGACAAGCAUGAAGAGACAGAGACGCUGGCCAAUGGUGUUACAAACGGAGCUGAGGGUGCGUAUGUUGAAUGGGACCUGCUACCGCAACACUUCGACUCUCCGUACGUGGAUCGCAGGAAAGCCGUCUAUGUGCUUGGAAAGAUGUUUGCAUGGAGAUCGAAAACGAGCGGCUUCAUCCUUGGGCAAAGACACCUUGAGCUAGUCUUGCCGUCCCGCAACAUCUUACGAUGGCUCGCCCUCGCUGGCUACCUCACCGCCACAGAAGUGGAACACGCUCUGCCGCAGGCCGUGGAAGGGUUUGCAUCAAGACCUUACAUUGCACCUGGCGACAUCAUCCGAGCCGUCAGCGAAGCAGAUCCCAGCUUCGUCCUGCUCCAUAGCCUGCUGGCACUGCCAGCCUACUGGGAGCUCCCUGAGGUCGUUCAAGCCCUUCAAGUGUUGAUCGCAUCGUUCGAUGAUCAGCUCGAUUCUGAAAGAGAGACCCAGCAAUUCCUCACAAACGGAGACGUAGACAUGGUCGACGACGACAGAUCUGAAGCCAAGAUCGAAGCGGAAGAAGCUGCCGCUUUCGCAGAAGUGGAGCGAGUUACCAACUUCCUGGAAGCCGGCGUAUCUACUCGCAGCGCCGCUUUUCGAAAAUGUCUGGAUCGCCUGCAGGAAUUUCCUCAGAAGAACGUCACAAAGGUAAUGCGAGCUCAAAUGUCCCAAGACGACAUCAUUUACUUCAUCCACAUCAUGCGCCUAGAGCUCGCCAAUGGCGGCUGGACUCGUCCCUAUGCCGGACAAGUCGAAGAGGAACUGUCCUCUGACUUCACCUCUCUCGGUGAAGCUCAAGAUUUGCACCCCAGCAACCAGGCGAUUCGCACCAUCGCGAACCUUCUCAGCUGCUCCGUGGAUGCCAUUGGGCUCAGCGGUUGGCUCAUUGGCCAAAGUGGCAAUAGUUGGUCGACGGAAGACCUCAUCGAGAGCAUGGUCAACGAGACUAGUGCAGUCGUGGAAGGCAUUUACCACUUGGAAAGCUUGGAGACGUUUCUGAGGGAAGUGGAGAAGACGGGGGCAAGUAUUGAUCUGAAGCAGAGCACUGAGCGGAAGAGGAAACACGAGGAGAUGGAGUGGACGCCUGAAACGGCGCUGAUGCCUCUUGGUGGAAGAAUUGAGCCUCCGUUGUUGAGUGGCAAGAAGUCGAAGGCGGUCACAGCGGAGCAGAAGAGUCGGGGGGUGGGGAAGUAUAGCUUUGAGAGGAUUAGGAUUUGAGCCGCGAUCUGAAAGGAUACAUUGUCGGCAGUCCCAAAGUGUCUUUGG